CCACGAAGAAGAAGAAGAAGAAGAAGAAGAAGAAGAAGAAGACGAAGAAUACGAGGGAAAAUAAGCAGGGAAAGAUAGACAAGGAGGAAAAAGAAGCGUGGAAAAUUAACUUGACCAAGCUGAAAAUGAAUCACCUUGACCCCGAAGAUGCCAUAUUCCUGGUUGAUGCAUUCCUGGAUGAGUGCAAGGUGGAUCAGCAUGGACAAACUAAAGGAGGUUCAAAACAAUCCACAAAGUUGUGUGUUUGGCCUGAUGAGGACAAAGAUGGUCAACCUCUGCCAAAAAGAUGUAGAGCUGGAGAGAAACGAAAGCGAGAUUCAGCUACUGUUUCUUCAGCAAGCGUUAAAAGCGUGUCCUGUGCUCCGUCUACCAGCACAACUGAACACACAGUGAUCAUCGAAAAUUUUGUUUUUUUUCCCUUAAUACUUUUUUCCACAUUUGUUAUGUGGUAAUUGCCCAGAUUUAACAAUGCCUUCUUCCAUUUUCAUUUUCAGACUCCCUCAUUCAAGAUGUCCGAGAACUCUUGGGAAGUGGUGAUGAACAGUCUUUCCCCUCAGAGUGGAGUAACAGGCAAACUACCUCUCUGGAGAAUUGGACAGUAAUGAGGCCCUUCAUGGUGAACAAUAUGUUGUCAUCUGAGAAGCCCAAGGAGGGGGUUUGCCAUCACUGUGGACACAAGGCUGCAGUAGUGAUGUGUAGGGACUGUUUACCACGAUCACUCUACUGCACAGCCUGUGACCUUUCCACACAUGAGGCCCUGGUGCUUCAUAACAGAGCAUCCAUGGUGGAGGGGUUCUUCAGACAACUGCAGCCAUCCACUUUUGUUCAGCAGCACGAGGGAGGGAAAUUCUCCUAUCAUGAAAAAGAUUGCAUGUUACCAAUCGUUCCUCCCUGCUGCGACUGCUCCACUGGGCAAACAAGCUUUUCCAAGGGAAAGCCAGUUAUUUUAAUUGGAAUGAAUGGAAGAUACAACCUCUUCCUUCCAUCAGUAAACUGCUCCUGUGGAAAAACCUUGCCAGUGACCAUAAGUGAUCUGGUUGAAAGUGGUUACUGGCCAGCCACUGUCAAUUUUGAGACCUUGUACAUGGUGGACUUGUUCACCACGUAUGAGGAUCUAAAAAUCACUGCCCCAGGGAUGUCCAGACAAGCUUUUGUCAGCAUGCUCGAGUGUCGUACAAAACUCUUCGGGCGAAGUGGUAAGAUUUGUGGGGACACAAUGCAGAGGGCCUUCCUCGAAUGGGCCUAUGCCAAAUUUGAGGUUGACAAGCUGUCUCAGGUCCAGCAUUUUCAGUGCCCUGCAUGCACACCAUCCAUGUUGGCAGUUGCAGUGGAUGGGAACCGCAAAUUAUAUCGUUUCAAAAGCCAACCAGGACCUGAUGGGUUUUUUGAUGGAGUCUUUUUGGCCAAUGAUGCUGAUGUGUCCUCCUUUGUUGAUUACAUCCAUGAAACAACUGUACAUAAUCCAGGGAAAGGGAGAUGUGGUGCGGGUCAGUGGACCGCAGCACGAGAGUCUGCCAACAAGUCUGGAAGCAAACUAGACGAGGAAGGUGUUGAAGUUGCUGUCUGCCGUCAUGGGGUUUUGCUCAAGGGACUGAAUAUGUUCUGUGGAGAAAUAUUUGCAUACCCAUUAUAUCUCCAGAAACAGCUAGCUUCACAGACCGUCCAGUUUUUUUGCUCUGAUGUGGUCUGCAAAUAUUGGCCAUAUCUGCAGAAAGUUGUGGGCCACUGUCCAGAGUUGGAGGACUUGCUGAACAUGCGCCCAUUUCUCUCCAUCAUGCAUGCAAAAGCGCAUUCAUGGAUGUGUGAGUUAAAAUGGGGGGGACGCAAUCAAGAAGGAGCUGGAACAACAAUCGGGGAGGAGGUUGAACAGGUUAACAGCUUCCUCUCUCGAGCAGCCAUAUGUUCCAAGUACAUGUCAAAAGCCGUUCGCACAGACAUGCUAACUAUCCAGGCAAGUGGCUGGAACAAGCGAAAGGCAGAAAACCUUGACCGGACACUGGCCAAAAGAUACAUCAAGACUGUACAAAGGAUUGCAGAGGCAACAAAGGACCUGGAGAAACUCACAACUGAGUUAUCUCUACAGCAAGACACAGUCCAGCAGUGGGUGUCUGAUGUGCAGCAGUGGACCUCAGGAGCAACAAUCCAAAAUGACCUGCAGAGGACCAUCGAGGGGCUAUAUUUGGGCAUCAAACAGCGAAAAUUUCAGCUGUAUCGUCAGUCUGGUGGGAACAAGCGAAGGCAUCAACUGAGAAGAAAGAUUGCUGUUGAGAAGAAAGCCUUGGAAGUUGCCAUCAAUGACCACAAUGCUACUGUGGGGGAAGUUGAAAAACUGCCUCCUCCCAAUGAACUCCUGGCUGUGGACAACUACUCCUGGCCAUGGGAAUGUCAUGGUGAUAUGGAGCGAAAAAAAAAUGUUUUUGACAAGGUAAUGCUGCUGGCUAGACUAAAAGAAGAAGAAUUUAUUGUGGUUCGCGAAGUCAAGCAGCACAUGGAGUACAUGAGGAGUGUUGCUGGACUGAUCGAAGAGUUUACCUUUCAGCUGACUGAAGACACCACUGGGAAAUGCAGUACAGAGGGCUUAAUGGAGAAAGGACGUGAAGGACUAUUCUGUGUGCUGAAGAGAAGAUUGCGUGAAGUUGAAGCACAACUGGCUAAAGCACGCACAACAUACAAAUGUAUUCUUGGACUGCAAACAUUGCCCUUAGAUGACUUUUCUGAAGAGGAAGACUCAGAGAAUACUUCCUCAACUGAUGAGGAACUGGGAGAGUAGUUAUUAGGGAGAUGAUGUGUUUACAUUGUGUUGAACCCAAACGUCAGUGCUGUAAUAACUUGUAUGUGAAACCUGAGGUUAUUUUACUGCUGUUGUAAUAUUUCUUUGUGUUUAGAGCAUGUACUGCAAAUUCCUCUGAUACUGUAAAAACCCAUAAUGUUAGCCCAUUAGUCCCCACCCUCUCCCCCAACCCAAUCACUGGUGAUUCACAACUGUCAAACAUGACAAAUUACCUUUGUUUUUUAUAGCAUUACUUUUUUGGUCAAAAUGUAUUGCGCAUCCCUACAUAGCUUCACUAUAGUUUGUAUAGAGUGUACCUACUGUAGUUUACAUAGCCUAUUGUAUUCUUACUCUCUCCAACAGUGUGCUAUUCCAGCUUAUGUUUCCACGUUAGUAUAGUAUAUCAAUACUCACUCACUCUCACACACUCACUCGCUCAAACAACCACACACACAAACACACUCACUCGCUCACACACACACUCACACACACAUACAUACAUACACUCACUCUCACACACACUCUCACUCUCUCGUUCACACACGCGCACACACACACACACACACACACCCCUACCUUUCUAAAUAUAUAUAGUCUUUAUUUUGUACAGGGCAUAGUCUCUUAGCUCUAGAAAGCCUACUUUAUUAAUUUCACCCAGUAAAAUGAACUG